CAGUGCGCGGCCAACAUGUCAGCUUCCUCGCUUUAAUCGUCGAGGAUGAGCCGCUGCGCGCUCGGAGGCCCGUCAAACUGCGAUUAAAUGUCACAACUGUGCGCCGCUUAUCGCUGCACCGAAGGUGGUGCUGCUCCCUCGGCAUGGCAGCCAAGACGCAGGUGUACCUGCAGAACUUCUUCGUCUACAACCCCACGUACGGCAAACGGGAGGACGAGGAGCACAAGAAGAUAAUUUAUUACUACCCCGAGGAUGCGGAACAAGAUGUGAAAUUACGUAAUGUUGGCCUCUGUGAGGCACUUGUUAACUUUACACAGACCUUUUCCCCUUCCAAACCCUGUGAAGUGCUGCAUACCCAGAAAACUCGGCAGUUCUUCCUGCAACCCGAGGAAAACUUCUGGAUGGUCAUGACAAUAGGCCUACCAACACAGCAAAAGACGCGCAAUAACCAACUAUACGUAGAACACCUUUCUGAUGACAUCCAGGACCAUGUGUACCAGGCGAUCCUCGAGGGGGUCUACAAGAUGUUCCAGAUGUUUGCAGGCUCACUAUCUGAGGUACUCGUUGAUUCUUCCAAAAAGGGCACACUGAAAGAUUUUCUCGACUGGCAAAUUCCCCGCCUGCGUGUCCAGCACGCCGACCUGCUUGAUGUGUUCCAAGGAGUGCAGUUCCUGCCCCUGGACAAGCACGCUUUCCUCCGAGUCCAGUGCUUUGUCAACCGCCUUGAGGGGCGCUUUGGACAAAUCCGGUCUUCCGUCUUCCUCUGCAACGACCUCCUUGUCUGGAGUGGCCUGGAGCAAGGGGACAUGCAGGUGCUCUACCAGUAUCUGGUGCACGAUGUGUUGCAGAGCACCGUUGAGAGCGAGCUGCUUCCAGGCUGUACCUUUGCACCGAGACCAGCAACGGGUGCCACCCAGUGCAGGUUCUUGUAUGGUCCAGUCGAUGAGGAAGAGACUCUGUCACGGACUCAGCGGAUAUAUGUGUCUGACUCGUUGGGCCAGCGUGAGCAGUGUCACCUGCUGAUCUUCAGGGCGUACAGCUCCACUGUCUGCCUCCUGGUCAACGUGAGCCAUGAGCUGACGGUGGCAUUCCUCAAGAACCUCGAGGGCUACCUCUCCACCGAAUUCGUGGCACUCGCCAAUGAGAUCGGCAAGCAGUGUACCAAGCUGUCCAGCCUUUCCCCGCUGGAUGGCCAGAGCAAGUACAUCUAUUUCAACCGCAUGAACCUGGCUCAAAAGUCGACGGUGCACUCGGAGAGGAGAAUGGGCAUUGUGGUGCCUCCUGAAUUGGUUCGCUUCUUGGCUGACAUCAACGAGGAUCUAAAGCAGAUCGAGGACGCUGGCGAGAUGACGGCCAAGACGACCACAGAGUGGUGGGUGGUCGGCAAGGUGUCGGACCAGCGCGAGUUUUACGUCGUGCUCAACCAGAAGAGCGCCAACAUCAUCCAGAUACAUGAUGAAGUCAAGAGGCUAUGUGCCAGCCAGUUCCAGAACAUCUUCUUUCUUGACUGAGCACGAUUGCCAACGUUUCUCUGUACAUAAUAAAUAUGUUGCCCUGAGUU